CAUAAACAUAAGCAUGAAUCUGAAAAUGAUGGUGUGCAUAUUAAUAAACAUAAAGAAGGAUUUAACGAAGGGUCAAUGCGAGAACAUGAGAAAGGAAAUGAAUUUAAUAAGCAUAGAGAAGGAUUUCACCACAAGCAUAAUCAAGAACACGAAUCAGAACAAGGGCAUAAACAUGAAGAUAAAUUUGGAGAAGGGCUUGAUUCUAAACAUAAUUGGAAAUACGAGUCAGAACAAAAACAUAC